CUUCUCAUUCAUUACCAGCAUAAAAUGCACAGAUUCUUCCUCUCAAUCUCUCCUCGAUCCGUCGUCUCGCUCUUCCCUCAUCUCUUUUCCCAAAAGCUAGUGAUGGAGUAGGCGGAUCGGCAACAGGUGAAUCGGAAGUGAUGAGGCGGAAGAAGAUGGUGGUGUUGCUCCUUUUGUUCCUAUUUUUCGCGGUGUUUUGCUGCGUAUCUGCUGCAUCCCCAGCUAGGCUGGUAAGCGUGUUGUUCUUCAAUCUCUUUUCUGCCCUUCUGCGGCGGCUUUGGUCGGCGACGUUGGAUUCGAGGAUUGCGAUCUUGAGCUCCUCGAUUGUGAGGAUUGAGAGUGGAUACAGCAUCGAGACUGUUUUCGAUGGGAGUAAGCAUGGAAUCGAGCCGUUCUCGGUCGAAGUCACGCCGGGAGGGGAGCUUCUGGUACUGGAUUCCAAGAACAGUAACAUCUACAAGGUUUCUUUGCCCUUGUCUAAAUACAACAGGCCUAAGCUUGUUGCUGGUUCAGCUAAAGGUUGGAGUGGUCAUGUUGAUGGCAAACCAUGUGAAGCAAGGAUGAACCAUCCAACAGGGCUCACAGUCGAUAGCAAGGGUAACAUUUAUGUUGCUGACACAAAGAACAAAGCAAUUAGGAAAAUCAGUGAUACUGGUGUCACGACAAUAGCAGCAGGGCAGUCAUACAGAGUGGGCCGUAUAACUCUGCAAAUUGAAGAUGCAAUGUUCUCUGACGAUUUUGAGGUAGUGUAUGUCAGUAGUAGCUGCUCUCUUCUGGUGGUUGACAGAGGAAAUCAGGCAAUCAGAGAGAUCCAAUUGAAUUUAGACGAUUGUCCUGACCAGUAUGGAGCUCGGCUUUCUCUAGGAAUCGCAGUGCUGUUUGCCGCUGCUUUCUUUGGUUACAUGCUUGCAUUGUUGCAUCGGCCACGGACUGUUGUGGCAUCUCCAUCUAAUGAUCGAAAAACUAUCACAAGAUCUUCAACAAGUCCUUAUCAGCAGCCAAUCAAAUCAUCAUUCAGACCACCAUUAAUCCCACCUGGAACUGAAACAGGCAGGCAGGAAGAAGAAGAAGAAGAAGAAGAAGAAGAAGAAGAAGGGUUCUUCACCUCGCUCAAGGAGCUCAUUGCAUCUUCUGCAUCCUCUCUCACUCAAAUCUUUAGUCGAAUCUUAUCAAGUAGACGGACAGUGAGUGACGACGGAACUCAACAGGAGCAAUACGAGGAGAAUGUGCAGCCUUUGCAGGAAAGUUUUGCAGCUUAUGAUGAACCACCUCCACUGGAAAGGCAUACACACAUCCCGUACAAGACGUCUGCGUUCAUGUUGAAUAAUCCAGAGAAGCUCCAGCAACUGCGGCAUGAUACAACAUAUUUCGAUGGAUGGAGCAGAGUGCCACACUCACAGCAACAUCUGCAGAAGCAUCAACAGCAUUCUUCGGGUUCAGAAACCUACUAUGAGCCAAGCUCUAAGAUGACAGAAGAGAUUGUGUUUGGUGCAGUACAGGAAUCUGGUAGUGGACCCAACAAGGUGGAGGAGUCGUCUAGGAAACAUGGUGACCCUCCACAAACUUACUGUGAACCAAUCUCUGAGAUGACAGUAGAGAUUGUGUUUGGUGCAGUACAGGAAUCGAGUUACUAUAAAGAUCGAAACAAUGAUCAAUCCAGUCUUCGACACCGUGCCAAUCGCAAUGGGGUGUCGCAAUGACUAUCAAGGUCAGUGUUCCUACAAUGUUCUCUUGAUGCUUAUUUUUAUUUUUUAUUUUUUGUUUUGGAAAUAGUCUGCUGCAUGCAAGCUGAAGUUUUAGGAUAUAUGUGAUGGCUGGAGAAGGAAAUUAUAGAGAUAUUGAAACUUGAAUCAAUAACAGAUAGAUUAUUGAUUUGAAAUUUGAACAAAAUUCUCAUUAGAGUUUGAAA